AUGGAAAACACUCUAGCUUACUGAAAAGAGCGCUGCAAUCUGCUUCUAGCUGAAAAUUCACAGUUAAAAUCAGAAAUCGAAAGCUUAAAACAGCAAUUGCAUAAAAGCACCGUAAAAAAUGAAGAUGCAAAUCGGAGAAUCAAAGAAUUAAGUGAAGAGAUCUCAAUGUCUCCAAUACAAGAUUGGGGAUUUGAAGAUGAUAGCUACUUUGAAAGCUUGGCACAAAGCGUGUGCUCCAGCAGAUACUCAAUCCGCCAAGUCCAAUCCCCACAGAACACAAGCAAAAAAAGCUAUUUUGACUUCCAGCCGAUGAUCCAAAGUCAAGUAGAUUUGAGAAUUUCAAUGAAUUUGCAAAGCAUUGAGAAGCCGAGACUUGUGGAAUACUUUUUUGUAGUGGGAGUCUCAGCUGAAGACCUUUCUCAAAGAAACAGAAAAGCUGCGAUUCUAAUGUCAGUUCCAGACAAUAUUGAGUGGUAUACUUAACGUAGGGCAGGCUUAUCUGUAUUGGCUGAUUUUUGUUUUCCAGCAGGGAUAUCAGCCAGUGAGCUUGUGCUUUCUAAGUCCGGAAGCGCACUUAACCAGCUAAUCUUCGGUCACAACUAUAUCUCUUACUUACUUACUUAAUUAUCUGGUGUUUAAGGUGUCUGGUGCCGCAGCCCAAAAGGGCCUAUGGCAAAACUGAUGACGUAGGCGAGCCAUCUUGGCAUGGGUCAGCCCCGUCCAAGCCUUCUAACAACUCCUGCUUCACCAGCCCUGCUGCACGUCUCAUCCGGCGCGUUGCCGUCGCCCUUGUCGCUCGACUCAGCUCCUGCGCGUGUUCCGCCUAAGGGUCAUCCUCCCGUGGGGAUGUGCUGAGAGGUAAAAGCCCGAAAUCUUGAGUGGACUGAGGAGUGGUUCCUCUGGUUAUCCCCAGAGUUAAACCGCUAUUGCUGUCCAGAAGUUCUCGAGUGAAAACCUAACCCUAUAAAUAAAAUUCCAUGAGAGGGAGAGAAAAUUAGCAAAGCUAAUUUCUCUCGAACCGAAUGCCAUUUUAUUUAUUACAACUAUAUCUCAAGAGCUGAAAACUCCUAUGUGUUCACCAUAAAGGCGAAUGAGCCAAGGCUUUUAGGUGAUAAUAACUGGUCUGACGUGUUAUACUGCUGUUGUGUCACCAUAAACGAUGUAGGAGUAGGAUACGGUACUGGAGAAUGAGCUGUCCCCAAAUGCUAUUGCCUUGUGUCAUACUAUCCUCACUUUACUUUAUUUUUUGACAUCAUUUCAAAAGUUUUAGUACUGAAAAGAGUAAGAAGAAUGCAAGAACUGAUAAAUAUUGAGCCUAUUGAUGCGCCUAAUAUAUUGAGAAGGAGUGAAGAACUAGGAGAAUCCGAAACCAAGUUAAUUGCAAAAUGCAUAGGCAUUAAUAGCCAGCAGCCAAACUCAACUAUAAGAAUUGAAGAAGAAAUGAUUGAGCCUAUAUCAAUAACCUGACCUGAAGAAGUUUGGCUCUAUGAUAUCCCAUGGCUGCUAUCUCCUCUUUUUUCAACUUUGCGGUUCCAAGACACGUUUUGAGUCCUGAUUGCUUUAUUGUUGGAAAAAUCAGUCGUAGUGGUCAGCAGCAAUUUAUCAUUGCUGACCUCAUCUGUGUAAGAUUUAUUUAGCUUGGCUUUUGCUGAGUUGCUUAAGCCACUGAUAUGGCCUCAUGUGGUUAUUCCAAUUGUCCCUGAUAGUCUUAGAGAAAUAUUGGAAGCUCCAGUUCCAGUUCUUCUUGGACUGCCAGCCCCAGCCCCUCCUUUAAGAAAAUCUUAUUCAAAUUUAAUAUGACUAAUGCUAGACGAGCCAAGCCCUCAACGACGCUUACAGGCCAGCACCAAAAUUCUUCGUGACGUAAAAGAGCCAUACUUUGAUAACUUCAAAACUGUCCUCAACAAACUAUAUGCCGAGUUUACUCAAGAAAGAACAGUCUACAUCCCUUCACACCCCCAACAAAACGCUUGCAAAGAUAUAGCGAAUUUACUGCGAGGCUGCUGGGGCAGACUCCUUGAGAAGUUUCCUCGCCGAACCUCUGGAAGAAUAAACCCCAACGAUUUCUCCCCCGUCAUAGAAUCCUCUCACCUUGCUGACAAGAAAUUUUUGGAAUCCUUUACCAAAACCCAGCUGCUGGUCAGCCAUUUAGAAAAUUGCUAA